AUGGCAACACUGCGUCAGUAUCUCAGUCUGCGAGACGCCACCAGGGCCGAUCUGGCCAAAAUCCACUCCUAUGACAGCUCCUCAGGCACAUCGACCCCGGACGAAAAGGAAUCGUCCCUCGUGCCCGGGGUUCAGAUUUCACGUCCCGCAGAACACGACGGCUCCGUCACUUUCCUGGUCGGCUGGGCAGACGGCGAUUUUCACAACCCUCAGAAUUGGAGCCGUUCCAAGAAAUGGUUCUGCACCAUAGCAAUCUGCCUGAUUGCCUUGGCCAUUAGUAUUCCCGGAACCAUUGAUGCCCCGGUUUCGGAGGCCUUCAACGAACACUAUGGCGUGGGUCCAAUUGCAGGAUCCAUGACCACCGGCAUGUAUCUCAUCGGGGUGGGCGUAGGCUCGCUGUUUGCCGGUCCUAUCUCGGAAACCUUUGGACGCAAUUUCGUCUACUUUACCAACCUGCUGGUCUUCAUGUUGUUCAUCUUGGCCAAAGCACUAGCCCCGAAUUAUGGCGCCGCCAUUGUCUUUCGCUUCCUGACCGGCUUUUUCGGGGCUGCCCCGAUGACGGUUGCCGGCGGCACCGUUGGGGAUCUCUGGAGCCCGCUUGAACUCACUUUUAGCCUACCGUCGGUGACCCUGGCAUCGUAUUCCGGGCCCAUCCUUGGCCCCAUCAUUGGUGCUUACAUCCCAAAGUCCGCCUUUAAUUGGACCGACUGGAUUUCACUCAUCAUUGCCGGGACGGUAUUUAUCUUUGUGGCCGUGUUUCAGCCGGAAACCUACGGUCCGUUGCUGCUGCAAUGGCGGGCCAAGCAUCUGCGGGAUCAGACGGGAGAUGCCCGCUACCAGGUCGACGAGCAAGCAUCCACCAGCGCUCUGGGUAGUCGGCUAGUUAUCAAUGUCUACCGCCCCUUCCAGAUGACCUACACGGAGCCCAUCAUCCUAGUCUUUUCAUUCUACCUGGUCCUCCUGUACAUUGUCUUGUUCACCUUUCUCAACGGGUUCCCCUUCAUCUUUACCGACACGUACGGAAUCUCCACGUCGCUCACCUACAUCAUCUUCGUGGCCAUGCUGGCUGGCGAUGCCAUUGCCCUCAUGCUCGUUCCGAUCAUCUACCGCUGGACCAAGCAGGCAGCGGUCAAGGCUGCCGCCGAAGGAGGGGUCUUACAGGCAGAGGUAUCCCUGUAUUGGGCAAUGGUCGGAGGCUCGAUUCUCAUGCCAAUUUCGUUGUUCUGGAUGGGAUGGACUUGCUAUCCCGGAGUCAGCAUCUGGUCCCCGAUUCUUAGCACGUUCGCCUUUGGGUACUCUCUGGUCACCAUCUUCACCGCGACGUACCUGUACAUCUGCUUCGUCUACACGGUCUACGCGGGCUCAGCGCUGUCCUUCAUGACGUUCAGUCGCUAUGUCGUUUCUGGGGCGUUACUGCCGGCCUCCGUCCCGAUGUAUCAGCACAUGACUCCGCACUGGGUCCUCACCAUGGUGGGUAUCCUGGCGACGAUCAUGGCACCGUUGCCGUUCUUGCUCUACCGCUAUGGCCACCGAAUCCGGGCCAUGAGCAAGCAUGUUCAAAAUAAGGCUUAA